AUGGAAGAUAUCGUUCUUGUACAGAGAAUCUACAGGUGUGGAAAUGAUAGACAAGGACACAAAUUGUGGGCGACCACGCCCGAUGUUCAUAAUCUGCUUCCAGGAUACAUUCAAGAAUUUUUCCCCCUAGAGAUUUUCCAGAGAUGUGGUGUUUCCAAAGCUAUGGUUCAUUUCUUUGACAUCCAAAUUUUAGAGGGAGUUAGCUUUCUCAAAAUAAGCGAAGGCUUGGCGUCUUUAAACUAUCGCCAGUAUCUUCAAAGAAGAAGGAUAUAUUUCAGUGCACGCAAAGGUAAUAUGUGCAGCGUACCAGACAUCGCUGAGUUCCACAAUAAUCCUCUAUAUUCUUUUCCGAGCAAUGACCAGAUAAUGAAGAUUUUCCUCCACAAUUUUGAAAAAAACAGGGCGAUUUACGAUGAGGAGAUGAACCGAUUGACAGUUUCAUCUUUGUCUUGUGAUCACACCUUUAAAAUAAGUCGCAAUAUCGGGUUCGUCAGGGAGAAAGAUAACAAAUUUGUAACCCAGUUUCACCAAUUAUUUAUUUGCUUAAAUGAACGUGGGGAAGUUGUGGCAUGGAAAUUUGCAAAGUCAACGUCCUUCAAUGAAAUUGAAGACCUGCUCAUCCAACUCAAGAAGAGGAUGUCUUUUUCUGGAAACUCAUUAAAGCUUGUUUGGGUGGAUGAUUGCUGUCAUGUUAGCAGCAAGUACAGCAAUAUUUUUCUAAACGUCUCUGUCAAACUUGAUCUGUUUCAUGCAUGUCAAAGAAUAACAAGAACAUUUUCUCGACAAAAUGCUCUUCACAAAGAAGUGUCAAAAUCUUUUGUUCAAAUAUUUCGUGACGACGAUGACCAAGGCGAGAAACGACUUAAAAGCACUGUGUACAAGGAAAAGAUGGAAAAAAAUCUUAACUCGUUUAUAGAACGCUGGAGCAAUGUUCCCUUUAGCCCUCUUACAGAAGCAACUUUUAUAGAAAUUGAAAAUCUACGCAGGCAUAUACAGAAAGGCUGUUUAUCAGAAAUACCUCCAGGAUGUGGUACAGAGAGAAACGAGGGAUUGCACAGACUUUUAAACAGGUCGAUGAUUUCUGGAGCCACUACUCUUUCCGUCCAACUAGCAAUAGCAUUGCUGACUCUAUUAUUCUACCAUCACAAUCCAAAAAUAUCUGCAGAAAAACAUUGUUGUAGUUCAAAAAUCAAGCCUGUGGCCCCAGUCGAAACUAAUGUCACCAGCUGUAAUGCGUUAACUGGAAAUGUUGAAUUUGAAACAGAGUCAGUUGAUGAUAAAGUUCACCAGCCUCAGUUUUCAACAGAGUUAGAUGUAGAGGAUGGAAAAAUUUUCCAGAUUUCCGAAAACUCAUUUGCUUCGAAUAAUCCUUUUGUUAUAAUGGUUGAAACCAUUGAAGAUCUCUGUCAGGAAUCGAUUGCAGCGGCUCUAAUAAGUGCAACGUAUAACCUUUCCGAAAUGAUAAAGAAAGUAAAAGAGAAAAACAAUGAUCGUUCUUUUAAUGCUCUUGACAUUGUUCAUCUCAGCAAAAUGACAAAACUUCUUACUUCUGAAGACAACAUUGACACCGACGACCCAACGAUCAACAGCCAUAGUGAGACGCUUAAACGGCAUUUAGCCACAUUCAACCUGCAGCUGGAUAGAGUCCAAUCUGAUGGGGACUGUGCCUUCCGUACAAUAAUGAGACAAGUAAGAAAACUUGUCCACAAUGAGGCAGGUCAAUUAUCAGAGCACCUGAGGCGUCUAGGACUUUUAAAUACUGAAGACCUGGAUACGUACACUCUUCGACAACUAUUUGUAGAUGCAGUUUUAGCUGACGACUGCGGUAUCUCAAACUUCGUCGAAGGUUCCCAGGCAGAUGUUGAAAGGAAAGCCCGCGAGUUUAGCGUAAGAGGUUUUUUUGAUCAAGAAAUUGGCGACUUUGUAAUAAGACUGUGUUCAAAUAUCUUGCAAGUUCCAAUUAUGGUGAUAACGUCUUCUGAAACAAUUCCUUUUUUGCCCUUCAACUGCGAUAAUCCUUUGAGUAACACCCCAAUCUAUAUUGCUUACCAUUAUUUUGGGGCACGCCAUUACGAUGCUACGGAGAGCAUAACCAAUGGUAAGUUGAAGUGAAUGGUAAAUUUAACAGGGAUAAGUCUGUCAACUCAAGGAACUGCGUUAUGGGCAGCCGUAAAAUCAAAAGUUGUAAAUACCAGUUACAUUGUGGACGGAAGGCAAAAUCCAGAAGUGAGCGCUUUUGUGUUUCAACUGAAAAAUCUCUUUGCCCGUGUGUUUCUAACAAAAAAAGUGCCAAGCUCAGUGCAAGUGCCGCAACUGCGACAAUCGCAGUCAGAAUCCCCAAAAACUGUCAUGCCGGUGUGGAGAAAGCAGGGCUAAAGGACGGAAAACAGGUCAAACCUCUUGCAUAG